GAUUGGCCGACAUCGAGGAGCUGCUGUAAGCAGAGGCAGAGCUUUAAGGCGGCAGCGCCAAGAUGGCGUAUCAGACUUUUCGGCAGGAAUAUCUGCAGGUGCCUCCUGUCACACGGGCCUACACUACCGCCUGCGUCCUCACUACCGCGGCUGUGCAAUUAGAAUUAAUCACACCUUUUCAACUGUAUUUCAACCCAGAAUUGAUAUUUAAAAACUUUCAAGUAUGGAGGCUGAUUACAAACUACCUUUUCUUUGGGCCAGUUGGAUUCAAUUUUUUAUUUAAUAUGAUAUUCUUAUAUCGCUAUUGUCGAAUGCUUGAGGAAGGAUCAUUUCGUGGUCGGACAGCAGACUUUGUAUUUAUGUUCCUUUUUGGUGGACUCUUAAUGACUCUUUUUGGAUUGUUUGUCAAUUUGGUCUUUUUAGGGCAGGCGUUUACGAUAAUGCUAGUAUAUGUGUGGAGCCGCAGAAAUCCUUUUGUUCGCAUGAAUUUCUUUGGGCUUCUCAUCUUUCAGGCUCCAUUUCUUCCAUGGGUUCUCAUGGGAUUUUCACUUUUAUUGGGAAACUCCAUUAUAGUAGAUCUUCUAGGCAUUGCUGUGGGUCACAUAUAUUUCUUCUUGGAAGAUGUCUUUCCAAAUCAGCCCGGGGGAGGAAGGCUUCUAAAAACACCAUCCAUAUUGAAACUAAUAUUUGAUACUCCAGAAGAAGAUCCCAAUUACAAUCCAUUACCUGAAGAAAGGCCAGGAGGUUUUGCAUGGGGAGAAGGUCAGCGCCUAGGAGGCUGAGAUCCGGCAAACAUCUUUGAUGAGAGACUAGACAAGCAAACCACCCUGGAGAAUGGUUCUGUUCUCUUGUGCAUAAAGGAAGUUUUGACAGCUCUGAAUAUGCAAAACAUUUUUUCAAAAAUGAAAAAAAAAAACCUGAUCAAAAGACAUUUUUCAAGGAACUGACUUCAAACUCUUGGAGACUUUUACAUUGAUUUGUUUAGAAAUGAAUGAUCCAAGCCAAGGAAAACUGGAAAUGCACAUUCUUGUGUUCUUCAGUUCAUGUAUAAAAAAAAAUACUUGUAAAGCCCUUUUCAAUUUUAUUUCAUACAGGACUGGGCAAUUACAGAAGAUGAAUAAAACUGUUUAUUUUACUUUUCUUUUUUCAUUAGAUAAUUAAACAGGCAAGCUUACUUGACUUGCUGGCCAUGGCAAUGGUGCCUCUGAAGCAAACUACAACUGAAGAGCCUCUUUUUUUCUCAGAAGAUUUGGUCAGAUUUUAUAUGCUGAAUGAUGUUGAAGUCUUUGUGUUUACCAAAACUGGUUAACUGUUAUGUUUGCAGUGUAAUCCCCAGUGGUGGCUAGGAACUGAGCUGGUUGGUGAGAUUUCAUAUGUAAAUUGUAAAAUUGAUUAGCCAUCUUCCUUACGUACAGUGUUAUAUAUUCUCUUAAAAGCAGAUUUCUCAUGUGGUGUUUGGGAUUACAGUCAAAGUAGAUACUAUUAUGGUGGAUACUAUAGAAGUUUGACUUUUAUAUCUUCAAUUCCAUUGGCAUCUUUGCUAUUUUUGUAUUUCAUGGACCAUGAUUUGUCUUCCACUAUUGCUACUUGAAAAGAAACCAUCUAAGAAACUAAUCUCGUGACAGACUGUACUGGAAGAAUGAAAGUUUUAAGCUAUAAUUUGUACAAAAUAUCUGUUUUAUGAAAGACCUCUUCAGGGCUAAAAAGUGCUUUAUUUGGCCUGUUGUGUGGGCGAAUUACCUUCCGAGAUUCACACUUAAAUUGCUGCACAGUGGCC